CUGACCUAUAUCUUUCACAAUGAAGUACGUCGCCACCCACCUGCUUUGCCUUGCAGCCGGCAUAUUGCUCGCCCUGCUCGCGGGCCCGCUAUUAUUUUCUUCUCCCUUAAGCCAUGACCAACCCCGGUUGUUUCGUGGUAAUUCUACCAGUGGAACGGAUCCUCGCGUGCGACUCGGUGUUGUUGCGACGGUCUCAAUCGAAUUCGCGCAAACUUUCGCGCGGGAAAUCGCUGCCAUGAACUGCUACUGUGCCCUUCACGGCUUCGGCUACCAUCUGGAACUGUUGAAUCCGUUGCCGCAGCGGCACAUCUUCCAGGGGCGGCUGCAGUACUUCUUCAAGUACCUGCCUUCCUACCAGUGGGUGCUGAUGAUCGACGUGGACGUGGUGCCGCUUAACUACUUUCACUCGCUGUCGGACCUGCUUGAUGACUCGUACGACGUCAUCGUCACCGACCGCGACAACGGGGAGGUGCAGUCAUCUUACUUCGUGCGGAGCACACCUGCAGGGAAGGAGUUCGUGCGUCAGCAACUGGCGCUGUCUGACACCAAGGCGCACGCCAACUACGACAACGGCGACCUGCUGCAAGUGUUGCUCGAACGGGCGUCUCAAGUAGCCAACCCUGACGACAAAGCGCGCAUUGCCGCUGCAAUAGUUUUACGCGACGCUAACUACACGGAGUUUAUCAAGACUUUCAAGGGGCUUUUUGAUGUGUACCGCAACGACAUUCCGCACGUGAAGGCGUACCACUGCGGCUGGGGGCACCUGCGGUCGUACGAGAGCUCGCCCAACUGGCUCGCGGACCCUAAUGCAGCCCACAUGACGUCCUUCACAGCGCAUGAUGUCCUGGGUCAUGGGAAAGCGCUGGGAACGCAGGUGUUUGACGAGGAGCUCACAUGCCACGUGGCGCCGCACCUAGUUCGCAAAAAGCGCACGAUGUCGCGCACACAGUAUGUGAAUCACAUGCGGGCGCAAGCACAGCAUGUAGCCGGAUUUAUUUGGCACCCUUACUGCUGGGAUGGCACUUCAAAUGUAUGCAAUGCCAGCCUCAGCGGGCAACGGCCAGGGUUAACUAAGAGUGGCAAGCACCGCCUUGUGCUCUAAAUACUGAAUAACAAUGAAGCUCAGCAGGGUGCCGGUGACAGCUUGCUUGUAAUGCUGACGGACGAUGACGGCUCCCUGACGCCCUGUCAUGGUGCGUCUGGUUUGUGGGCGCUGGGUCGGUGUAUCUGGCUUGUUGUGCCAGCUGUGUGGUGGUCUGUUGACCUCCGGCCUGCGGUACCCUCUCCGCUCUCGUGCAUUAGUGCCACUGCUGAACUUCGGGCUGCAGUUCUCGACCUCUUACGUUAUAUUAGACUUCGACUGGAAGGGUGUGGAACCCCACUGGGGGUGGUGGAUCCAAGUCGGACCCUGACAACAUAUGAUAUUAUCCGCGUGCUUAUUUGCACGAUCAGAUUGUCCCCUCUGGUUACGUCAUCAACCUAAUACCAGCUGAGAGGGUAUUUGGAAGGGUGUGUGAAACGGAGGGAGGGAAGCUGGCGGAGAGGAGGGCGGUGCCCACAUUUGUCAGGCCACAGAUGUGUACGGUACAAGCAUGAAUUCGUGAAACAAAAGUAUCAGUGCAGGACUUCACUUAACCCGUUUGAACGGGUCCCCCAGCGUAGGUUGGUCGUAGAUUACAUGAAUUACACGAUCUGUACGAGUGAUGGUUGGAGCUUGUAAGUCGCUGUCGCACAG